AUUCUAUCCCUAGUCAGAUCUAGUAACCAGUUGAUUCAAGGUUGUCAUGGCUGUAAUUUUAAAGUUUGGAACGGCGUCGGUAAACCGGCAACUUAUUCCGAAAGGUGUGACAAAUAUUCAACGAAUUGCUACAAUGUCUCAAUUGUUAGACCAAGUGGCAGAUGUGGAUAUCGACAGUCAUGGAAGAUUCAAAUAUAUCUUGAUCACUGUGAAAGAUAAAACUAACGAUGUUAGUAAACAGAUCGUCAGAGGAUAUGCAAGAGCACAGUGGCACGCUGAUAUAUUUGAUGAAGUGGGCGAGCAGAUAAAAAAGCACAGUGGUGUUUUGCAGGCGAACUGCGUAGGCGGUGGAAGAAUCGAGCACCAUCCCGACGAGAAAAUGAUCAAAGUUUAUGGAUAUUCGCAAGGUUACGGAAAAGCUGAUCAUCAAAUAUCGGUUGAGUUGCUGAAGAAAAAAUAUCCCAGCUACAACGUCACGUGGUCGGACGAAGGUUAUUAACGAGAUAAUAACAAUGAUGUAUCUUGUGGUUGUUUUUUUUUUAAUUUAUUAAACAUAUAUACCAACUCGCAUAUGAAAAUCCUGCUUUGUACACUGAUUAAUAAAAAUACAAGCGCGUCUCGGAGUGAAAAUAAAAGCGUUUUAAUCUGCUA